AGCAAUAUGCCACAAACGUCAAGACCAACCUCAAAACGCAUUGCGAAAAGCGUUUGAGAAAGUUCUUCAAAAUGCGUUGCUAUGAAUUGAACCACAUGUGUCUGUGUGGAGAUCUCGAGCUGGGCGAAUUAUUCGAUGGUGACGACAUCAAAAAUGCCAUCAACUACACAUACAACCGAAGAGAUUCAACGCGUGGCAAUGCGAAUGCCAUACAGAAAUUGGAAAUACUGUUGGCGGAGCUGUAUUGGAUAGGAGCACCUUACAGACCAGAUGAUCCACGCCCAUUCAACAUCAAAGAACUCGUUGAACUCAAUUGGUUCCAAGCAUUGCGCAUGUUCGUUAAUAUACAGCGCGAUAUUCAUAACUUUCACCUCGCGUUUGCCAAUCUACGCCGAAGUUGGAAUCUGUUCCGAAAACAUCCGCUCUAUGUGCAAGAGCCAGAAUUUCCAGAGCCGCCUGAAAUCACCACCUUCACAGUCAUUCCGAAGUGCACAUUCCAGCGCCGGCACGUGAAAAUUGAUACGGAUUCAUUGUACAAUAUUUUAUGUGGCAUUAAGGCAAUGAAGCGAGAAGAUGGUCUUCGAGUCAACAAGAAAGGCGAAGUCCUCCAGCGCUACAUCUCACAGACUGAAUUUAAAAGAAUUGGAAGCUGGCGUACGUAUUUCAACAUGGACGAAAUUAUCAAGCUGGUCAAGAAUAAGAAGGAAUUCGGCGAUUCGAUAAUAUCAGAUGGUGUGUCAGCGUCGGUGUUAUUCAAAUUGCCGAAACAGAGCAAAACUGUUGCUGAUGAAGAUGAGGCCGAAACCAAACGAAAAUAUUUCGCAGGCGAAUUCGCGUAUGCAUUGGGACGUAUGCAUGCGAACCUUUAUUGCGUCGGUCCGCCUCGAUCUAAAGACCGGCGAAGAGACCAACGAGAAGAUUUCGUUCAAACAAUACCAUCUGAAAUCGAAACAAGAUGCGCGCAACAUUAAAGCCGAACGAAUGACACGAGUCUUCACGUAUGACGAACAAGCGGACCUCAAACGUAUCUCCGCAGAGAUUGGCCAGACACCAUCGCCACGGAACAUCUCUUGGCGCCAUUACAUCGAACAUCGCCUGCGAAUGUCCCAAGAUGGUAUCGCGGCAUACAGUCAGAAAAACUAUGCACGCUUACGUUUGGACAAACACAUUGAAUGGCGUCGUGCAAUUGAUCUCAUCGCCGGUAAGCUGGUACAUUUCAAGACAGCUAUCAUCAACAUCGGAGCAGCCGAAAUUUCACCAAAUUGCCCGAUCCAAAUCAAAAAGUACGUGCGUUGUCCAGGCGUUCGCAAGCUGAUUGCAGCCUUCAAAAGACGUGGCAAUUGUGUCGUUCGGUUAGUGGAUGAAUACAUGACAUCGCAACAUUGUGCCCGAUGCUUCAAACGGUUCCCGAUAUGGACGAAGAGCAAACGAUACAAGAAGUGCAACGAUUGCCAACCAGAUGAACGUGUUGGACUUCCGAGAACCAUCUAUACGAACGUGAGCAAACGAGUGUUGCAAAUGCAACGGAAAAUCAUGCGUACAUGGGAGGAAAUGCGCGACCAAGGUGAUGCUAUUGCAGCCAUUCUAACCCAACGAAAUUCAGGACGUUUGGUGUCAAAGAAGCAACGCUUCUUCAAAACCUGGCAACCAAAUGCUGCUGAAAACGCUGGAACAGAAGACGCUGCACAAUCACGCAAGUUGCUCAAAUCACUUUGGCAUCGGGACAUAUCAGCAGCCAAACUGAUCAUGUACAAAGGUCUUUGCACGCUGCUUGACAUUCCGAUACAUCCAGCAUUGCUGCGACGACCAGAUGACGACGGCGUUCCACUCAAUCCAUAAUUCAAAAUCCAGCGUUUAGCAUUAAAGUUUUUUUUUAACAAAUAUUUUCUAAUAGUUUAUUAGAGUUCUCAAGCCUUGCACUUAGUGGGCUAUUUUAAGGUUUAUAAGGUGUCUAACUUUAUUUACCGCAGUACAUGAGUGGUUUCAUAGACGUUAUUUGAUGAUCAGAAUGGGUUAUGUUCAUUUUCCGGUUUGACAAUGUCGCCGCAUUCUUUGGAUAUGACUUGUUCAAUGCAUCAUAUCACGGUUAUGAAAAACACCCUAAUGUAUAUUUAUUCUUCUUCGUCAACAUUUCCCUCUGAAUUUUUUUGCAAGCGUUCCUGCUUUCGUUUUCGACUGCGCUUGAUGAAUGGCAUAAAACCCCAUAGACUAGCACCAGCCAACAAAGUUAGCCCAAGAGUGGAAAACAAAGAACCGUAUGAUUUUGAUCUUUCAUACCUGAAAACAUAAGAAUAAUUCAGCAAUUGAUUGGUGGUUAUUAUGAAAAAAUGAAAUAAUACCAGACGCCACAAAUCGGGGGACCUAUCAGUUGUAAUAUGCCAUUUACAAAUAAACUUAUCCCAUACGAAGAAGUUAGCCUACAAAUAGUAGUACGAUUUAAUUGCAUAAAUAUAUUGAAUAAUUUACAAAAUUCAUUGUAUGUAUAUUUAACCUUUCUGUGCCCAAUAAGUCAGCCAUCAACACUGCUGUAAUUCCAACAUAGGUUCCAGACGCCAAACCAAACAACCCACACCAAAAACUCACCAUCGAAUAAGAUGUUGCAAGUGGCAACACAGCCAAAGAUGCUCCCGAAAGCGCCAAUCCACCGACAAAAUACCAUGUUUUCGGUACAAACGUAGUCCAAUCAGACAACGCAGAUCCACCAAUGCGACCAACUAAGUCAAAUACUGACACAAUCGAUAACAAAUAUGCGGCCAAAUUUUUAUCGAACCCAAGGGUAGUUGCAAAGGUUGGUAAUAAGAUGAUGAAAUUGGUGUAACCAAUGGCGUUUGUGGAAUUUGAAAUUAAUAUUACCAAAUAAACGGGAUCUUUUAACAGUGAUAAGUCUAAAAA